UAAAAAAUGUAUCAAAUCAGUCCUUGUCGUUAACGGUGUUAAAUAAUGUUAACGUUUAAGUGACUGUAGUAUGUGUAAAAUAAAAUAAAUUGUUUAUGUUUUUCUUAAAUGUGGUUAAAUUAAGUUUGGGAUAAAAAUUAGGGCAGAGUGAAAUUGGGGAAAUUGGGGCAGAGUGAAAUUGGGGAUUUAUUUUUCGAGGGUUGGGGAAUUGCUUCGUUCUGUGAUUCUGUGAGACAGAGCUUGGUUGCUUCGAAAGAGAUUCGUGUCCAAAGGAGCAUUGUCAGUGUUUGUGGUGGGGAGCGACUUCCUUGGAAGCAUGGUUCGUCAACGUGGAGUUCCUUCGAAACGAAAAGGUGAAAGGCAUUUUAUAAUUGAACAUUAACCAAAAUGUCCAACUAUGAUAUCGAGGUGGUGUUUCACCAUGGGGGAAAGUUUCUGAACACUGGGACAUUUGGAUAUCAUGAAGGUCAAAAUAGUAUGUUGAUCAUUGACCUAGACAGAUGGAGUUUUUUUUUAAAUAAUGGCCAUACUAAAAGAGACGGGUUAUAGAAAUGUUAAGGAGUUGUGGUAUUCCCUGGGUGGCCCUUUAUUAGAAGAUAGGUUGGAAUUGUUAAGUGAUGACAAAGGUGCAUGUCAUGUGGUGAACAUUGCUAUAAUGAAUGGUCAAGCUCAUUUGUUUGUGGUUCACAUGGUAUCCCAACCUGAUUAUAUUCAUAUGUUAGAAUAUCAUAGUCAACCCGAGUUAGGUGAAGUUCAAGGAGUUCAAGUUGAGGGAGGUGAAGUUGAAGGAGGUGAACUUGAGGUAGGUGAUAUUGAGGUUGGUCAAGUUAAGGUUGAUGAAGUUGUAGAAGGUGAAGCUUUUGAUGAAGUUGGUCAGGAAGAACUUGUUGAGGUUGAAGUUGGUCAGCAAGAACUUCUUGAGGUUGAAGUUGGUCAGGAAGAACUUGAUGAGGUUGAAGUUGAGGAUGGUGAAGUUCAGGUGUGUCAACAUGGUGAAGAAGGUGAUGCUGAAGUUGAAGUUGGAGAACAUGAUGAAGUUGAGGGUGGUCAACAUACUGAAGAAGGUGAUGGUGAUGUUGAUGAAGUUGUUCAGGAACAUGCUGAACUUGAUGAGGUUUCUAAAGAUACAUGUCAAGAUAGUGAGGAUAAUAUUGGUGGUGGAGUGGGGGAUGGUCAGGAUGAGGUUGAUGGUAGUAGUUGGAAUGCAUCUGAUGAAGAUGAUUUGGUGGAUUAAGUGUGCAUGGAGAUGGAGAAACCCAAGAAGAGGAACAUGAAGAGGACUGGCUAGGGGGAACAGUAAGGGAAUGUACUACUCGAAACAAGCAUGUACAGGCAAGGGGAUUAAGUGAUAGUGAGUGGAAAUCUGAUAGUUGUGAUAGUAUAUAUUUAAGUGAUGGUUCAGAUGUUGAAACAUCCAGAUAUGAAGAUUUUGAAACCUUCAAAGAGCCCACAAGUAUGAAAGAAUAUAGAUGACAACUUGGUACAUAUUUCCCUGAAAAGAAUGAUUUCAUUGAUGCAAUUAGAAGUUAUGGAGUACACAAUGGUAGAAAGUUGAAGCUGUGGAAGAAUGAUAAGAGAAGAAUUUCCGUGAAAUGUUAUGGCUCACAAGGGAAAUGCCCCUGGUACGCUUAUUGUGGAUAUAGGAGUACCCAGCGUACAUGGCAGCUAAGAAAGAUUGUGGACAGACAUACUUGUAUUAGAGAAUUCAAAAUUGGUCUAGUUACCUCUAAAAGGUUAAGUGGCAGGUUGGAGAAGAGCAUGAAAGCAAAUCCUGAUAUGAAAAUGAAAAAUCUGCACAACAAAUUUUGUAAGAAAUAUAAUAUUGGUGUGUCUAGGGCUACUACAACAAGUAGAGCAAAGGCAAUGGCAACAACCAACAUUGAGGAUAGCUUCAAACAACAAUAUGAAAGACUCUAUGAUUAUGCAGAGGAGUUGCUGCGGGCAAACCCAGGCUCAACAGUUAAGAUUAAUGUAGAACCAAACCAGGAUAAAACCAUAUUCAAGAGAAUUUAUGUUUGUUUAAAAGAAUGUAAGGACAACUUUGUAUCCUGUAGACCAAUUAUACAUUUGGAUGGUUGUUUCUUAAAAUGAAAAUAUGGAGAUGAGCUUUUAACUGUUGUUGGAAGAGAUGCUAAUGACCAGAUGUGUUCCUUAGCUUAUGCUGUAGUUGAAGUUGAGAAUAAGGAAUCAUGGAAUUUUUUCUUGGAAUUGUUAAUUGAGGAUCUUGGAGGUGAGGGAAUUUGUUCAAGGUGUACAUUUAUGUCAGAUCAACAAAAAGGACUUCUGCCAGCUUUACAAAGUUUAUUGCCUGAUGUGGACCAGUGUUACUAUGUGAGGCACAUUUAUUCAAAUUUUAGGAAAAAAUUUGCUGGCUUAAACCUCAGACAAUUACUAUGGAAGGUUGCAACAUCAACAACCCCUGAAGCAUGGGAGUCAGUAAUGAGACAGAUCAAGGAAAUUAAUGUAGACGCAUUUAAAUACUUGAUACAAAUUCCACCAAGACAUUGGUCUAGAUCCAGGUUUACAGGAAGACCUGUUUGUGACACACUUGUCAACAACAUAUCUGAAGGUUUUAACAGUGUGAUCUUAGAUGCACGGGGAAAACCAAUAAUAUCAAUGUUGGAAGAGAUUCGGAUGUACUUGAUGAACAGGUGGGCAUCCAAUAGAGACAAGAUCAGUAGAUUUGAAGGUAUCAUUUGCCCCAAGAUUCAAAAAAAGACUGCAGAAGGAGUUAGACAAGACAAAAUAUUGGAUGCCUAGGUAUGAAAACCUCUGAUUUGGUCUAAAUAGUUAAGUGUUGUUCUUAACAUUAAUUGUUUAUCAUUUGGCAGUUGGUCAGGGAUAUAAAUAUUUCAGAUCACCCAUACAUCCAUCAUUGCUGAGAAGUAUGUGGUUGAUGUUGAAAAAAGAGAAUGUAGUUGUAGAAAGUGGACAAUAACAGGAAUACCUUGCUGUCAUGCACUCACAGCCAUGAGGUUUCUCAACAUCAAUCCUGAAGAAUACUUACUACUUUGGUUUAGGACCUGCACGUAUGAAGAAACAUACAACCCAAUCAUUUUCCCUCUGAAUGGUCCUCAUCUAUGGCAAAGGACUUCAACACCUGAUAUUCAGCCUCCACCAAAAAGAGUCUUGCCAGGUAGACCACGAAAGAAAAGAAGACUUGAAAGUUGGGAGCAAAGGAAGGAUGAUACACAAAUUGGACAAAAAGGAAUUCCUAAGAAAUGUUCCAUAUGCAGAGAAGUAGGGCAUAUAAGACCUAAUUGCCCUCAAGCAAAUCAACAGCAACCCCAAGAAGGUACACCACAACAGCAACCUGUACCAGACUAGGAACCUACACCACACCAAGAAGCUACACUAGACCCAACUCAAGGAAGUCAAAUUACUGAACAAACCCAGCUAGAUCAAACAACAACAGUAAUUUAGAUUGUAUUAGUUUGUAGUUUGGAAUUGUAGCUGUCAUGUAUUUUGGAUGAUAUUUGAUGUAUUUUGGUUGACUUCAGAUGUAUUUUGGUUAACAAUAGCUACAUCUUUAGAU